AUGGCGUAUAACUCGAGGGCGACCCAGCAGUACCAUGGCGGCCAGCAACAUAACCGCCGGCAGAAGAAGGAGAACGAUACAGAUGCAUUUCUACGCCUGCCAGACAAGGUCAUUGCAGGCUGUAUCAACGAUAUCGGCAUUCCGUUCACGGUGGCAGACCUGCUCAAGCCAAAUCCACAGCAGGUCCAGAUGGUAUUUGAAUGGUUCGCCGAGUUGUUUAUGAACACUACACGAGAAACCGUGGAGCCGGCCAUGCUUGCGGCAGCAGAAGAUAUUGCCGGUGACCAGGCAGAUAUAUUUCCACCAGACACACGCAACUUGAUGGGAUUUUUGGUCUCGUUACGGAAGUUGAUGCUACAGUGCGGAGUUCAUGAUUUCACAUUCACCGAUAUUACCAGGCCCACGUACGACCGAAUUGCGAAGAUAUUCUCGUAUCUAAUCAAUUUUGUACGCUUUCGGGAGUCCCAGACGUCGGCGAUUGACACGCAUUUCAACAAGUCCGAGGAUACAAAGAUGCGCAUUGAAGCGUUAUAUGCCGAAAACCAAGAGUUGGAACAGCGGCUGGAAGAUAUGAAGAGACAGCAAAGGGAGAUGGAUGGUCUGGUGAGGGAAAAGACGAGCCGGAACGACGAGUUGAAAUCCCGGCUGUUGGAGUUGAGGCGGAAUCAGGAGCGGGUGGCAGAGUCGUUUGAAAGGGUGAAGGGUGAAAAGGCAAAGAAGCAGGCCCUGCUAGAAGAAAAGACAGAAAAGCUGUUGAAGAGUCGCCAGGAGUGUGAAAAGCUACGCCCUUAUGUCUCACAGAGCCCCGAAAGCCUACAAUCUGCCCUGACUGAACUAUCCGACAACCUGGCUCAUGAUAAAAACCAAGUAGACGGCAUGGAGAGGAGGAUGCGUGCCCUGCGGACAUCGAUGAACACCUUUACCGUUGUGAAUAAUGAAGUCCAGAGCUCCAUCAAACUACUAGAAGAUAUAUUGGUAGAGUUACAAAAAGAGGACGACCAGGAAUCCAAAGGCAUCAAAAAUAGGGAGGCCCUCGCCGAGAGAGGGAAUACAGUGCGAGAGGUAGCGCACACUGAGAAGCUCCUCCAGUCGCAACUCGCUCGCUGGCAGGAACGCAUAGAGGCCCUGAGGAAAAGCAGUAGGGAGAAGGCAGAGCUGGCUCAGGCUCGGAUGGAAGAGCUUCACACCAUACAAAAGCAGCUUCGAGAGGAACGAGCCGAAAAGCAGCGAGAGAUGGAGCGUAGGCGCAUUCGGAUCGAGCAAACUGAGAAAAAGAUGGCCGAUCUCAAGGAGACUAUCGAGGAUGAGAUUCAUCGAGCGCACGAUGAAUACUUGAAGAUGGAAUCCCAUAUCAAGCUCUACACGACCGAGAUAGAAAAAUGCCUCUAG